UCCUUAUGGUGAUUAUGCGCACAUGGUCUCCUGCUCGAAGCUGGUUUACUGAACAGAUUGGGUUUCGGCGGGAUUGCGUUUAAAUGGCCUGGUCAGCUUGGACAGAUCGGGUCUCACCUCCUUAGAUAAUAAAAGUGUUCCUUGGUACGGGAAGCAGCGGGGCGAUGGGGGCGCUGUAGACGGACGGCUUUUUGACAGCUGCGGGGAAAAGUACGGUCUCAAAAGUUAUGGGUGAGGGUGCAAAAAAAACGACGAGCCAUUUAUAGACAGAGGAGCACAGAAGAGGGAGGGAGGGAAGGAGGGAGGUCUAGAGGGAAAUAUAGACCGGGGUGGAAACGGGAUUGUACGCGCCUUCAGUGCAAGUCGCACCGGAUUUAUACUAAAUUCAUCGCGAAAAGUUGCUCAGAGCAUAGUCGAGGUUUGUUUCAUUCAUGUAUAAAGUAUAAUGUAAAGCCGAAAACAGAAGUAAUCAAAAUAAUUUUUGAACUUGAAGAAGAGGAAGAAAAGUUCCACCAUAUCACACGGUUUUACUUUUGAGCACAUUACGUUUGAAUGCUAUGGCGCCCUCUUUGUCCCAGGCCUACAGUAGGCGCUACUGGAUGGCAGUGACAGCGGUGCUGGAGAACCUGCUCUUCUCUGCAGUGCUGCUUGGCUGGGGCUCCCUGCUCAUCAUGCUGAAAAAUGAGGGAUUCUACUCCCACCUGUGUUCGAAGAAUGGCACGCUGAGUGCUAACGGCACUGCUAGUGCAGAAGAGCAGCACUCGGCGUGGCUCAGCUGUGUGGAGCAGGAGGAGAUACUGAACCUGGGCUUUACCAUCGGCUCCUUCCUGCUAAGCGCCGCCACGCUGCCGUUGGGCGUGCUGAUGGACCGAUUCGGGCCGCGUCCCCUGCGGCUGCUGGGCAGCUCCUGUUUUGCCUUCUCCUGUGCCAUGAUUGCUGUGGCGGCGUAUAAUCCUCCGGUGCUGUCAGCUCUGAUCUUCAUUGCUGUUUCCUUUAAUGGCUUUGGAGGAAUCUGCCUCACCUUUACAUCCCUCACGUUACCAAACAUGUUUGGGAACAUUCGUUCCACCAUCCUGUCCCUCAUGAUUGGCUCCUAUGCCUCGUCUGCUGUCACCUUCCCAGGCAUCAAGCUGAUCUAUGAUGUGGGUGUGUCCUUCCGGGUAAUCAUGUGGACUUGGGCAGGGUUGGCUUGCUUCGUCUUCCUCAACUGCUUCCUGAACUGGCCUGUGGAGUCAUUCCCGGACCCGGAGGAAGCCACAUACACGAAGCACAUCAAGCUGAAGGGCCUGGCUCUGGACCACAAAGUGACCGGUGAGCGCUUCCACAGCCAUGUGAUGGUGGUCGGCCAGCGGCUCAGCCAGAAACACCGGGAGCUGGACCACUCCACAGAGAGGCUGCAGGGCGGCAGCAGGCCCGUGCAAAGCACUGUCCCAUUUCGCAGGUCGGUCUGCUCCCCCAUCUUCCUGUGGAGUCUCAUCACCAUGGCGAUGACCCAACUACGCAUUAUAUUUUUUAUGGGGGCCAUGAACAAGAUGCUGGAGUUCCUGGUGACCCACGGCAGCACCUCGGAGGACCUGUUGCAGGAAGCUGAAAAUCAAGUGAGCUUCUACUCCUCCCUGUUUGGCACCCUGCAGCUGCUCUGCCUGCUCACAUGCCCGCUUAUCGGCUACAUCAUGGACUGGAGGAUGCAGGAAUGUGACAGCCAGGCGACUCUGAGCGAUUCUGAUGGAGGGAAGCACCUCCCAGCACCUCCUAAAAGGGACAGAAAGAUCCAGAAACUGACCAACGCCAUCAGAGCAUUUAUUUUUACCAACGUGCUGCUGGUCACCUUUGGGGUCAUCUCUCUCGUCGAUAACCUGCCCUUACAGGUUGUCGCCUUUGUCCUCCACACCAUGGUCAGGGGCUUCAUUCACUCCUGCUGUGGCGGUCUGUAUGCAGCUGUGUAUCCAUCGAACCACUUCGGCACCUUGACGGGGCUGCAGUCCAUGAUCAGCGCUGUCUUCGCUCUUACUCAGCAACCCCUGUUCAUUGUCAUGUUGGGACCUCUGCAGGGCGACCCAUACUGGAUCAACGUGGCCAUGCUGAUCUUCUCGCUGACUGGCUUCUUGCUGCCUGCAUAUCUGUUCAACCACUGCAGACAUCUUGUCCUGGAGAAGCAGCAACGAGAAGCAGUGAACCAAUCUGUGGCAGCUGACAAACAGGCCAACGGUCACCUUGUUCAGCAGGCUUAGGACCUGAGGGGCACGUUUAGUGACUUCAUCUACAGUAACAAGUCUUUUAUUACAAAAACAAUGUUUUGAUUGUUGUAUAUGUUGGCAACUGCACCAGUACUAAUGCAUUAGUCUAAAAAGCCAAACCAAAGGAAUCUCAGGGGCUGUUACCCUGGGGCUUUUAUAUAUGUGUUACAAAACAUGAGUGCUGGCUGAAUGGGGAUUAGCAUCAUUAUAAGUGUGCUGUGUGUUGCCUACAUGUACCGGUUUUGCUUUACUUAUGAGGACCAAGGGACUUCAUGAGGCAGCAAAUCCUGACAUGACACACUUUGUGAGGACUGGAGGCCGGUCCUCACAUGACAAAAGUCUUGUAUUUUGAUUGGUUAGUUAUGGUCAAGGUUAAGUUUGGAUAGGGAUUAAGAUUGUCAUUGAUGGGAUUAGGGUUAUGCCCAUACAAAUGAAUGGAUGGAUGGUCCCUACAAAGAUAUGAAUACAAACGUGUGUGUGUGUGUGUACUUGUUUAAAGAUGCAUGUUUUCUUAGCUUCAGUAUUUACUAUGUGAAGCAUGUACACAAAAAUUUAUUACAGAUAGUCCCUAGGCUACAAACAAGAUCCGGUCCCUAAAUCUGCCUUUAAGUCAAAUUUGUCGGUAAAUUGGAAAAAUAAUGAUAUAGUAUAUAAUAAUUAUUAUAAAUAAAAGUAACUACUCACAGUACUGUACUGUACCUUGAGGCGACAAACCACUGAAGCCUUGCAAUGUUUUCAUGUGCGUCACAAAGAUGUAUGUGCAUUUGUUAUUGCGAACCAUUCUAUUUAACCCAAUUUUGUAAUAUUUUAGACUUUAUAACAGCCCGUUCAUAAGUACGAGUUGUCCAUGAGUUGGACGUUCUUAACCCAGGGACUGCCGGUACUGCAUCACUGACUGUGACGUCUGAUAAAGAGCCAAAGUGUGUCAGGGAGCCCUGACAGCCACACACUGAUCAAACGGCGGAGCUCUAUGCAGCCGCUUUAGCCACCGCAGACUGUCAGCCUGCAAGAGUGCUGCCACCUUUGGAUCAACAUGGUUUAAAUUACAUUCCAGCCCAUAAUAACUGUGGUAAACGAAAGGCUAAAUUCAAGUUGAGAAUGACAUUUGGGAGAUCAGUCUAUCAUUAAAUCAACAAUGAACAUCAGGCUCAGUGCGCCUCUCCUACACUGACUGUUCACUGGGACAAAGGCUGCUAGCAAUUUGUGACUGCAAUCCCAGAGUUCACUGGGGCAACAGGUGCUGGCAAAUUGCGUGCCUUUUGGUAUAAUGAGCAUUUGUACAUAAGUGCUUUUGAUAGUUUAACACUAAUUACAAAUUGAUAUGAGGAAACCUAAAAGUUAUGGUAAGGUAAGCAAUUCGACUCUUUCAGUGUGGUGCUCAUAUUCUGGAUUAAUCAGAGUAAUUUCAGGAUUUAUGGGAUGGCUUGCUCACUCGCUCUGCUCUGUCAUGGGUUGGCUCACAAGUUCAAACUGAUUGACACGCCUGGUUUAAUGUGUGUUUUGCUGUGCAAGCCCAUGAACACUAUCAGAGUGCUGCAAGAUACAAUAAAAUAAAUGCAAUGCUAUAA